AUGGAAGAUUUGAACCGGGUUUCGUCAGUCCAGGUAAUCCCACAUACCGAACAGGCCAUCUUAUCCAUCUCAGACAAUAAGAGUAGUGUUUUUUGGUCAGCAGGCCCAACUAAAUCUGUCCAAGCUCCAAUAUUAAAGCCUUUGGACACUAGAGAUCUAGAACUACGAAAUGAGAAAUAUGACAACUCAGAGAACCAUUUGUGGCAGAGAUUUGAUUAUCCCUGUGACACGUUAUUGCCAGGCUCAGAGAAGUACUAUCGGACUGGCCCAUGGAAUGGUCUUGGAUAUAGUGGUGCACCAGAGUUGAAACCCAACCCUUUAUUCAACUUCGAAUUUGUUUCAAACAAAGAUGAAGUUUACUAUAAUUUUUACCUCAAAAAUGAAUUUGCAAAAUCAAGGGUAGUUGUGGACCAAACCAAUGGUUAUACUAGGAACCGCUAUGGUUGUAAUUCAGGGACUCAAAGCUGGGAAGGUUUUAAACCAAAAGGAAACUUCAUGGAUUGGUCUGAAGGAUUUGCACGAAAUAAAUCAUUAAACUGCCUGCACAAAGAUUCAGUUGGGUUUGUCAAAUUUCAAGGCUUGAAAUUGCCAGAUACUACACAUUCUUGGGUGAAUGAAAUGGGAGGAGGUAGUGGCUGUUUCAAGUGGUUUGGAGACUUGAAUGAUAUUAGAGAGUUUCAAGAUGGUGGGCAAGAUCUCUGUGUUCGAAUGCAUGCUUUAGAAUUAGUUGUAUGCUGUGCCGAUAUUAAAUGUGAAGGUGCAAAUGGUGAGGGUAAGGUUAAGAUAGCUCUGGAGGUUUUGGCUGUUAUUUUUUUGAUCUGUGGGAUGCUCUUGCUUGCUCAUUAUAUCCGCAACUUCAGGGCAAAGAAAUGCUUAGAAGACAAUGUAGGGACCUGUUCAAGAAUAAAGAACCAGAACAAUGAAGGCCAAACAGAAAACCUGGAGUUGCUAUUCUUUGACCUAGAUAAGAUUAGUGAGGCCACUAGCAAUAUUUCAAGCAACAAUAAGAUUGGGAAAGGCAAUUUUGGACCUGCUUACAAGGGUACACUAGAAGAUGGCCAAGAAAUUGAUGUGAAAAAGCUUGCCCGGAGUUCAUGA